AGAGAAAAAUAAAGAGAUGUAAAACCAAAAUUAUGAUAACUUUAAAGAUCUGAUUUUGUCAUUUUAAUAAGAACAGAUGUACUGGAUCUAUGUUUUAUAUUCAGAUAUCUAAAUGUAUUUUACUGUAUGGGUGACUGACUGCCGCAGUACGAUUUCAAUUACAAACUUAUCUAAAAUCUAUUCCAACGUGCAGAAGAUGCUUUGGAAGGAUUUUGGUUGCCAUGGAUACUGUUUGCAAUUUGUUGCAAACAGCUAAAGCAAACUAAUACAGCAGCAUGCAAACUUAAUAGCAAAAUUGCACGAAUCCAAGAUACUCUCUGGUCUCACAGACGAUAUUUCCAAGAUGAAUUCUGCUCGAACAAAGAGGCUCAUCCCUCAGUGUGAUGGAGAGCAGAGAGGUCCGCUCCGGCCACAGCUGGCCCACGGAUUAUGAAAGAGAAGAGGGGGAAGGCUUUCUGUUUACCAUGAAUAUCAAUCAUGACGGUUCUGUCCCGAGCCCGGAUUGGCUCACCGGAGACCAACCUUCCAUCAUUCAUUGAGAACAAUGACGCCGAAUGACUAAUAGGCUUCGUCCAGCCAGAGAUGUCUUCUUCACUCUCUUCUGAAGGCAGAUUGGGUCAUGACCAGCAACCUCCAGCGAGCUCUGCGCUCAACCAAAAAGCAACCAAGAUGCUUCAAUGACUAAAGUUUGAGCAAUUUAUUCUCCAUUGGAUUACUUUUAUUUUUGGGGAUUUUUUUUUUUCUUGAUGGUGAUGAGCUUUAAUUGAAGGAACUGAACGAAAGAAGACCAAAAAUGAAGGCAGAGAUCGUCCUCGUGUGUUGGGCAGCUUUCCACUGUCUGAGUAUCUGCUGGGCCUCAGAGCUGACCUUCUUGCUCCAGCCCAGUGACGUGAUCGCGGUGAGGGAUCGGCCCCUUAUGCUGGACUGUGCGGUGCAGGGCGAGGAACCGGUCUUAAUUGUGUGGCACAAGAACGGAGUGCCCAUACCCAACAGCCAACGGACUCAGAUACUAGAAAAUGGGACGUUACUGAUCCAAAGAUUCCAGAAGCGCAGAGACGGAGGUUACACGGACGCGGGCGACUAUGACUGCGCCGUUCAGAGCAGAUAUGGUCUGCUGGUCAGCCGCAAGGCCAAAGUCCGGUUGGCAUCUCUUCCAAAGUUCCACACUCAUCCAAAGUCCAUGUCCGUGGAUGAGGGGGGUGUCGCUCGCUUCCAGUGUCAGAUCAGCGGAGUACCUGAGGCCAACAUCACCUGGGAGAAGGACAGACUGCCGUUAAAUACUACUGACACCAGGUACACGCUUCUCCCCAUGGGGAUCCUCCAGGUGACGGGCUUGAAGCAGGCGGACGCUGGAGUGUUUCGCUGUGUCGCCACCAACAUCGCCAACACUCGCUUCAGCCAAGAGGCCACGCUUAACGUAACGGGGGGAGUUCCAAGAACCUACAAGGAGCCAGUCAUCCUGUCUGGGCCCCAAAAUCUUACCAUCACAGUGCACCAGACAGCCAUCCUGGAGUGCAUCGCCACAGGAAACCCAAAGCCAAUUGUCUCAUGGAGCAGGCUGGGUACAUUCACAGAUCUAAACUCUUCUUUAGAUGUGAUUUUAAGCAUUACUUUUGUUUCAAACUCUGCUUCUUUGUGCCCGUUAGAUGGACGCUCGAUCGGUGUGGAGGGCAUCCAGGUUUUAGGCACAGGUAACCUGAUGAUCUCAGACGUGUCCCUGCAGCACUCUGGCGUGUAUGUGUGUGCUGCCAAUCGACCCGGCACGAGAAUGCGGCGCACAGCGCUCGGACGCCUGGUGGUACAAGCGCCACCUGAGUUUGUACAGUGGCCGCAGUCCGUUUCCAGGCCCGCGGGGAGCAGCGCAGUGUUCACCUGCGUGGCUCAAGGCGUCCCCGACCCGCAUCUGAUCUGGCUAAAGAACGGUAAAAUCCUGACGCCCGGGCAGAACGUGAAGCUGACAAAUAACAACAGCACUCUGGCCCUGACCCAGAUAAUGUUGGAGGACGAGGCCAUCUACCAGUGCAUCGCAGAGAACAGCGCCGGAACCAACCAGGCCAGCGCCCGCCUGGCCGUGACACAAGCUAAAGACUUACCCGCCGCUCCUCAGGGCUUCACAGCGAGCGCUCUGUCCACCAGCACCCUGCAACUCACGUGGAACCAUCCUCCCGCCAGUGACACAGACACCAUCAUCGGAUAUGUUCUGCACAUCUGUAAGAUCGGAGAGCCUGACAGCAUGGAGCUGCAGGAGGCCAUAAGCAAAGGGACCUUCCAGCAUGUGGUCAGCAGCCUGGAGCCCGCCACCACCUACUCCCUCUACCUGAAGUCCUACUCCUCGUUAGGAGCCAGCCAGCAGUCCAACACUGUGGUUGCCACAACACUAGGAGGCAUUCCUCCUUCACCCACCUACUUCACCAAGGUGUUGAACUCCAGUGCGGUGCAGGUCUUCUGGGAACUCCCCAGUAAGCCUGGUAAAGCUGAAGGGUUCAGGCUCUCCUACCGCAGGGUCCCCCACCCCGACUUCCAGGACACGAUCCAGCUCCCAUGCCACAUCAACGCCCACUCCAUCUAUAACCUUGAACCAGGUGCUGUGUAUGAAAUCAAACUGGUGGCCUACAAUGGAAACGGAGAGAGUGACUGCUCAAAAAGACUGGUGUCCCUUGCAGAACAAAGCGACUCCACAUCUGGGAACAGUCUGUGUCAGUGUGGGGAUGCAGAGACUUCUCUGGGCAGCGCCGUCAUUGGGAUCUACAUCGGCACGGCCUGCAUCAUCUUCUGCGUGGUUUUCCUCUUGCUCGGAUACCGCCAGAGUCUGUUCUGCAGUAAAGGGAGCCAGGACAGCUGGUCUGUUCCAAGAACCACCGCAGGAGCCAGCGACAGUCCUAAAGAUGGAGUUACCUGUUCUCGGGUGGAGUCAGAAGCUCAGAUGAUUCAUUCCGCACAUUGCCAGGUUGUGACUGUGCAGCAUCCUGCGGGUCGGUCUGGCACGAGCAACGGCUGACACUGGUCAACGAUUAACAACCAAAUCCCCGUUUUCCUCCCCCUCCAUCAGCCUAGAUUCCUCUUAGUAAACUCAGGUUUUUCCCCUGCAAACAAAAGUACUCCAGAGGCUGUUGUAGCUGCAGUAAUCCUCCGGUUUUCACUCACACUGAUCUCAUCCUUCUGCUGAAACUCAAACCAAAGCUUACUGCCUUUAGUGCCUGCAUGUGUACAUGGAUAUGUGCAUGUGGGAAAAGCAGUUCAAAAGCAUUGCCACUCCGGGCUGUGGAGUUCUUUAAGCAUGUACCCCAAAGAUUUGUUCGAGCUGGGUGUUCGGUAACCAAAAUGUUUUAUCACUCAGACGUCCGAUGGAGAUGCCACAAUGAAUAGAAUGGAAUGUUCCAUGUUCAGAACUGUUCUUAUCCUCAAAAAAAAAAAAAAUAGAAAAAAAAUAGCUACUUCUACCUCUGUUGUCUCUGAGACAUGAACCUAACACUGCUGCUUGUGCCUGUCUGUAAAACCAAAAAUCCCCCUUUUUUUUCCUUAUAAGAACCUUUCCUUGACCAGUGACAGUCCGUGUCAGACUCGACCCGCAGGAGAACCGACCCUGGAUUUGGUCACAAGUCGGAGCCUUACUUCACAGAUCGAUGACAUGAUGGAAGUCUUCAGCAAAUGAAACCAAAAACCAGCGUUUGGUGUCACCUUCAAACCAGCUACAGAAAACAUUUCUGAUGACGUCGGGAAGCCUGGAAAGGACGGAUCACAAAGAGUGCACUGUAAAAACUAUGAACUAGAGAAACCUUCUGGCACAGGAAGGACUGUUGAAGCUGCCAGUGAGGUUUAACGGUGAAUGUACCAAAACACAGGAGCACAAAUUUUGUUCGUCUUUCCAACUUUUUGAAAACUACACCGAAUGAUAUAAUGCAUGUCUUUCUGUUACCUUUUAUCCUAAGAGAUGGUCAUUUUCAAAGAGUUCUUAACCGAACAGGCUUACUCAAGCUUAAAGUGCUUUAACUGGCCUUAAACCAAAAGAAUUUAAGUAUGAUUUGGUUACCAUUUUUACGUCCAUUUACUUUAGUCAUGAAAGAAAAACGAGCUAUCCUUUUCAAAUAACAGAGUCUUUGCCAAAUAUUUUAGACAAAUUUAACCAAAUAGUUUUAAUAUUCACUGAAGAAGCCUCAUAACCAAAGGAAGAAACAUGGAUGUGAAUAGAGCGGUGUGGGUGGACGGACGCGUAGAAAAACCUACGUAAUGAUAGUCUGAGAGCUUUCUGUAGACUCCAAAGAAUCCUAAACAGCAAAACCACACACAAAUUCUAACCCACAAACAAGAAAGUGUAUUUAUUAUUUUUGCUUUACAGCUACAUGUAUGUAUAAUGACACAUGUAAAGGUCAAACUUGUAAUUCUAACGGAAUGCAUUUGUUGAUUUAGUUUGAUUUCUCCGAGUCUUUUGCAGAGCUUGGUGGGCGUUCCCCAAAUGAUUAUUAUUGUCUUUAUUCUUAGAUUUGUUCGUCCUGACGCCUGUAUUUUUAUUUUUUUAAACAUGUUUCUUCUGGAGAUGCUGUGAAAAUAACUUGUAGGAUUGUUUUGUGACAUGAUCGGAGCCUCAUGUCCACCGAGUGAUACAGUUCAGUUUCAUUUUGUUUGACGGUUGCUGAGUUGCAACAGUGUUACCAAAAACAGGAAGUUUGUUAAAGAAAAUAAUAAAAUUGCAGUUUGUAAAUGAUAGUGAUAUCAUAUUGUAAACUUCUCAUUUUACAAUAACUUUCCCUGUUCUGUAACGCUUGGUGGAAAUGGCUAAAAAUACAGUUAGUUUGGGAAUUGAAGCUUUUUAAGCAAUAUUCUCUUUCUGCUUUAAACAGACUGCCAAUAGUAAUAAAAAAAACAUUUUUUAAAGAAAGAGAAAGUAGAAACUUGUAGCCAAAUUUAAAUCUAGAUUUUUCCUUCCUUAUGUAUCCCCAAUUUUUACUGAAGCUUUAAAAGAAAAACAGUGAAUGCAGAACAGCUUCUCAUAAACAACUUGUAACAUGUUUUUUUAAAUAUGUUGUUUUAAAGAUUAUAAGAAAAAACAGACAACUUACCAUAUUUUUUUCUCUAUAUUUAUGUCUGAACUGCACACUGUCUUUUUCCUCUCAAGCCUAAAACCAAAUAAAGAGAUUUAGCUUAA